UUUUACAUUAAGUUGGUUAAAUAAAAUCUUACUGUUUCACAGCAGGAUGGAAACGACCCCAAAUAGCCUAUAGGGUAAUGGACCUACCGCGAUAUGCUUUCAAAUAUGCAGGAUUAACCUUUUUUUCAGCGAACGCCAGGCCUCCCCGCAAGCUUUACCUGGGCCUCAACGAACACGCAUUUACCAUUGCAGUCGUGUCGGGUAAUCAGAUGUGGACUAAAUUAAUAUUAUAUUGAGUAGCCUACAAAAACAUCUCUCUCAUUAUAGACACUGGACACUUGACGUUAGACUGGUCUGUUUUAAUUUGGCCGUUAUGGCGACCAUAUUGGCGGUGAGAGAGAGAGCAGCUAUGGUAAAUGGUGUUGAAUCUAGGUCCAGGCCCGUCCCGAGUUUGGUGUUCUCCUUGUGUAUGAAUCGGACCGCUUCCGUCGCAAACAAUAGAACACUCUUUGGCCCGCAUUCAGCACGAUACCACAAACCCGAGUGAGCAGGUGCUGCUUACCUUUGGUUUGGUCUGAAAACUGUUUUAUAUAAGUUUACUGCCAUUUCUGACUUCAAACAAAGUCCUUGACGAUUGAGUUGCUACUUAAGGCAUUACUGUGCUUUUGAAAAAUGAUUAUUUGUAAUGUAAAACUGCAAAUAACAGUGCCUCCUAAUGAUUACACAACCAAGACACAUUUGUCAUAUAUGUUAUAUAUUUUUCAGAGUAGUUGACCGAGUAACAGUUGAAGGAUGCAUAGUCUUAUCCUAAGGCGCUGCACAGUUCUAGGACUCGGCCACAGUGUUCUUGCCAGCUGGGUUAGGUCUAGUAACAUCGAUAGUAUUUUUGUUUUGCCCGAAAUAACACUUUAAAUCUUAAACUUAUGAACAACAGUCAGGAGCCUGGAUGUGUCUGACUGUUUAUUGCUGUGCUAUUCUGAUAACUGAUAGGACUUUGACCCCGCGUACAAGAUAACGGAAUCCGGAAAUCUAAGAAGUUCGUCACAUGAAAUCGCAAGACAUGGUUGAGAGGUAAGAGUACAAUUGGUGUGAAAGAAAGGAAAGAAAACAACAGAGAAGUAAGAGUUUUUGCGGUGUGUUUUACAUUAGGUUGGUUAAAUUAAAUCUGACUGUGUCAGAGCAGGAUGGAAACGACCCCAAAAAGCCUAUAGGAUAAUUCACCUACCGCGAUAUGCUUUUCAAAUCUACAGGUAGGAUUAACCUUUUUUUCAGCGAACGACAGGCCUCCUCGCAAGCUUUACCUGGUCCUCAACGAACACGCAUUUACCAUUGCAGUCGUGUCGGGUAAUCAAAUGUGGACUAAAUUAAUAUUAUAUUGAGUACAAAAAAAUCUCUCUCAUUAUAGACACUGGACACGUGUAAAACUGUCUGUUUUUACUUGGCUGUUAUGGCGACCAUAUUGGCAGUGAGAGAGAGAGCAGCUACGGUAAAUGGUGUUGAAUGUAGGUCCAGGCCCGGCCCGAGUUUGGUGUAGCCUACUGCUUGUUUAUGAAUCGGACCGCUUCCGUCGCAGACAAUAGAACACUCUUUGGCCCGCAUUCAGCCCGAUACCACAAACCCGAGUGAGCAGGCGCUGCUUACCUUUGGUUUGGUCUGAAAACUGUUUAACUAUAUAGGUUUACUGCCAUUUCUGACUUCAAACAAAGUCCUUGACGAUUAAGUUGCUACUUCAGGCAUUACUGUGCUUUUGAAAAAUGAUUAUUUGUAAUGUAAAACUGCAAAUAACAGUGCCUCUUAAUGAUUAGUUACAACCAAGACACAUUUGUCAUGUAUAUUUCAUAUAUAAUUAAAAAAAAAAAACUAGUUAACUGGUUUAAUUAUUCUAAAACAAUAGUUCAACAGUCACUAGGCUAGAUAUGUAAAUAUACAUAUUUACGUGAUCAAAUAUUUUGGAAAAUCAUUUCUAUAUUAAUAAUUUUGCUAUUCUUUAUUCCAGUGUGAGUUAAAUAGAACUACAAAAUUCAACACUGUUAGGCUAAGCCUAAUUUUUUACUGAAGGUAAUUUAGUUUAUGUGCUGUGGUGAUCGUUUGGGUUAAUGUCAAUCUGGGGCGAGUAAACACGCACAGCAUCAGUGCUGCAUUUUGCAAGCCGCACUCGGCCAGAGUAGUUGACCGAGUAACAGUUGACCGAUGCAGAGUCUUAUCCUAUAAGCGCCGCACAGUUCUAGGACUCGGCCACAGUGUUCUUGCCAGCUGGGUUAGGCCUAGUAAUAUUGUUAGUAUUUUUGUUGUGCCCGAAAUAACACUUUAAAUCUUAAACUUGUGAACAAGAGUCAGGAGCCUGGAUGUGUCUGAUUGAUUAAUGCUGUGCUAUUCUGAUAACUGAUAGGACUUUGUUCCUGCGUACAAGAUAACGGAAUCCGGAAAUCUAAGUUCGUCACAUGAAAUCGCAAGACCUGGUUGAGAGAACUCUUGGUCUUGCCAUGACUCCAACAUGAGUUACCCUAACCUGACGGACGUUGGUCACAGUAUGGCAGAAAGUCCUCUUCAUUUUGAGGGUCAAGAUGCAUUCUUUGCAGCCAAAGAGAGAAACGUAAGGGAGAUGGAGGGAGAGGAUCCCAACAUAAGACCCCUGAGAGAUUUUAAGAGUGGGGAAACCCAAUCUGGAGAGAGUGAUCUGAAGGCCCCCUCUACAGACGAUCCUCUAGGUGAAGGUGUGGGUCCUGGUGUUCGAAGACUUUCACCAGUACCCAGUGUAUGUUCCAUGAAGAGUGACCGGUCAAUGCAUCAUCCGCCUGAAUUUGGAGGAGAAAGUAAACACACUAGGGUUGAUUUGGACAGAACAGACUCUCUGAGUAGUAGGUCUUCAUCAUGUAAGCCCUCGGAUGAUUCCACUCCUGUUGACGAGGCUUCUAGUCAAGACACAACAGAACCCACGGGUGUUCUCUGUGCUGUUUGCUCAAAGGGGGCGUUCAAGUCCUGCUUGACCUGCACUGCCUCCUUCUGUGAGGUCCACGUGAAGCAGCACUACACAGCUCCAGCACUGCAGAGACACACACUGGUGGAGGCCACUGAAGACCUGGAGCAGAGGCUGUGCCUACGACACAACAGAGAUCGGGAGAUAUAUUGCAAGACUGACCAGAUUUCAAUAUGUUUAUCAUGCUUGAUAACCGAACACAUUGGACAUGACAUAAUACCCCAGGCAGAACAUCAGCGUCUGCAAAAGAAUAAACCAAUGAUGGAAAAUAAGACGGCUGUUCCUCCUCCUGGGCCCAUUGAGUUCACCUCAGUGAAGCCAGACUCCGUGUGUCUGAGCUGGGGACCUCCUGAGGGGCUGGCUGGACCCCACAGAUUCAGGGUCACAUGGUCGAGUGAAGGCAGCAAGGAGCAUCUCCAAGUGCAAGACCUGAAACUACAUGUUCAGGGACUCACUCCAGGAGAGGAGUACCUGUUUACUGUGGCCACCCUCAGUGAUGAUGACAGACAGAGUUCAUGUGUGUCUGCAACUGUCUGCACAGAUAUUCCUCCACCCGGGUGUCUUAAUGUGGCUGUGGAUCUCACAUCAGUGUCCGUGACGUGGAGCAAACCAGAGGGAGUUGUUCAGGCCUCCUACCUACUGACCCUCCACAGAGAUGGAGAAUGUCUAAACACCAUUUCCACCAGAUCUCUUCAACACCGUUAUGAGUUGGAAAUGGAGGCAGAAUACACCAUCAGUGUUUCCACAGUACUAAAAGGAGUCCAAAGCAAGCCCAUCUCUAAAACCAUCAGAACAAGUUAUCCAGUCCCAGAGAAGUUGACUGUGAGCUCCGUGACUCCAACAUCUGCUGAUCUUAGCUGGAUCCUUCAUCAGGGGAUGGAGCAGUUUCCACACAGCUUCCUGAUCUCCUACCACAGUGAAGAGACUGAACUACAGACCACCUCUACACAGUCAUGCAGCACAACUCUUACAGGCCUGACGCCAGACACUCAUUAUACUGUCACUGUCUGCUGUGAGCUCAGAGAUGGGGGAAGGAGUCAGGCUGCUACACUCCUCAUCAAAACAGGUGAGAAUUGA